UGGGUUUUAAGACGUGUCACAAAUGUCCUUUCCAUAAAUAGGUAUGUGAAGAACUUUGGAAUCUUUGAGCUUCUAAACCAAGCUCUCGAGUUUCCUUUUUUGUGUCUAUAAAAGCUCUUCAUUGUCACACACAGUUGAUCAUCAUCUCACUUUCUCUAACACAAAUUAAUCAAUCUAGCUUCCUCUUAAGCUUUCCUUGAGAGUUGAUGAAUGGCGGAGCCCCUGGCUGUAGGGAGAGUGGUGGGUGAUGUUGUGGACAAUUUCAGCCCGAGUGUGAAGAUGACUGUGACUUAUAGCUCCAAUAAGCAAGUCGCUAAUGGUUAUGAGCUUAUGCCUGCUGCCACUGCUGCUAAACCUCGGGUUGAGAUUGGUGGCGAGGACUUGAGAGCUGCCUACACAUUGAUCAUGACUGACCCUGAUGCUCCAAGCCCUAGUGAUCCAUGCAUGAGAGAACAUCUCCACUCGAUGGUUACAGACAUUCCUGGAACAACUGAUGUUUCCUUUGCAGGAAAAGAAGCGGUGGGUUAUGAGAUUCCAAAGCCCGUGGUGGGCAUCCAUAGAUACGUAUUCAUAUUGUUCAAACAAAGAGGAAGACAGACUGUGAAGGCACCAACUUCAAGGGACCAUUUCAACACAAGACAGUUUGCACAGGACAACGGCCUUGGCCUGCCUGUGGCUGCGGUCUACUUUAAUGCCCAGAGAGAAACUGCUGCAAGAAGAAGAUGAAGAAAAAAGAAAGAGUUCAAUACUGCUUCAGGCGAAAUAAAUAAAACUGCCAACUUCAACUUGAAUUUGGCAGCUCUAGUUCUUGUUUUAGGGUCUUGGGUUCAAAUGUCUGUUUGUAGAAGCACUAUUUUCCUCUGCUUGAUGCGUUUGAUUAGUUUAUUAUUAACAUGUUCUGAUUUACCGUAAAA